AAAUCAACAGCCUCACUGCCCCUCAGUUAUACUGCGCAGCACCUUUUCAACUACUUGUUUAUACAACGUUCCAACCGCGAGUAACUUUGAAUGGCGUCUAUCUCCCGUUAGAUAGCCUGUCUUCCCUUCAAGGGAGACAACGCGCCCAACAAACCCCGUUUCGAGAACCGAGCAAAUGCCUCUAUAAUGCCUAGCGAUGCUUUCGUGAUAUCAUCAAAAUCAAGAAUAAAGUUAAAUACGUUUCGUUAUGCCCCAGCUGUACCACAGUAUUCUCACAACAUGCCAACGGUCGACCAAAAUUGCGACGAUUCCGGUUCGAUGGAUAAGGAAAAUGCGGAGAUGAAAGCUCGUAUGGGAGAAGGCGACAUACCAGUGCCUACUCCACAGUCGAGUGGAACGAAAUGCCGAGAGGUUCAGCCGGAGAAGAAAUCGCCUCAAACACCGGCACAUAGAAUUCCCCUAGCUGAUCUGAUUAGCAAUACAGAGGACGCUUUCAGCAGAGCCCCGGGAAGGGUUAUCAGUCCCGAAGACCAUGUGUUUUGGAAGCAUGAGCCGUGCAACACAGAUCCUAGAGACGCCUCAGGCUCACCCAUUACAAGAGGCCAAAAGCGCUAUCGAAGCGCAUCACCGACCAGCUCCCCUCUAGGAGCAGAUUCGAAACACAUUAUGUCGAGCCCCCAGCCCUUACCGAAGUUCGUGAGAACGCCCCAGCACGAUAUUGCCGCGGACCUCUGGAGUAAAUACAUCGGGAAAAGCACAGGAAACCCCGGUGGUGAUGCUCCAAAACCUCAGUUCGCUCAUCUCGUCUCAUCCUCACCACGAACCCCCACGGCCGCUCGAGCGGGUAGAGAUUUGUCGACGCUUCGCAGAUCAAACAGUUGUAAUGUCUACUGGCCGACAUCUAAUACUAAAAGAAGAAGAGUUGACAAUGAACAGCAGGCUGUAAAGAGAGUUCGGGACAUUUUUGCUGGAUCGCGAAGCUCGCUUCUUGGUGAUGGCACCUCAAAGUCCUCUAAAAUCAGCCUCUUGGUGGGGAAAAUACAAGAAACCCUCUUGAAAUCGCCGAGGGGAGAAAUAUCAGGCCCGUCUAGCUCCACUCCUUUGCCGGAACGGCCUGAUAAUAUAGCGGAAUUCUCUGGCUCACCGCCAAAACCUAGGAACGAGAAUGAAAACAAUCCAAUUGAUACCCCUUCUAAGUGCUCAAGAAGAGUGAUGGCCAAUGAUGCCGUUUACAAUGACACUAUGUACACCAUACAAGACUUGAAUGCAACGUUGUCCGAGUUUGACGAUGAUGGACUAGAUGAUGAUUUCCUUGAAUUUGCUGGAAAGGCUGACAAUCAACAUAAACCCAUAUAUUCCGAAGUUGGUCCGCUUCCUGACGCUGUACAGGAGGAAAGGCUUACGGGAGUUUUAUAUACGGCGCACGCCAAACCUGAUCGUCCUAGGACCGGUUCCAUCAACAAGAACGAUAAACAACCCACGCUGCCAACUUCACACGCCCAUACAAAUUCCGAAGAGGUUGAUGAAUUUAAUGACAGCGAUGACGAAUUUCCUGAAGCAAUGGAAGAAGUUCUAGCCCGUUAUGACUUGAAAGAACAGACGAACGCAGGCAAAAAACCAAACGCUAUUUUAGCAGAACCGCCCGCCCCUUCCUUCGGAAUAGCAGCCGUAAGGAAGACUGAACCAAAGACCCCUUCUUUGGACGGAGCGAUAUCUUCCUCCGGUGAUGAAUUCGAUGAGGACAUCGAUUUGGAGUCCAUUGAAGCAGCAAUGCAAAAGGUUGCUGGUAUCAACGGUUCGAGUCAUAACCGUAAAUCAAGACAGACUAUUGAACGGCAUCUUAUUAUAGACUCGGCAGAAAAUACGUAUCUAAAUUCCAAAGGCCAAUCAAAGCCUCAAAAAGUACUAUUUGUGCAAGAGGAGAAAACGAAUAACAAUCGAACUAUCACUUUACGGGAGUCAUGGUAUGAUACGCCAUGCUCAAAGGGAUCUUAUAUCCACCUCAUCGGAAGCUUCGAUCAUAUGGGACGAUGCCUGGUGGACAAUUCUGACAAUAUGAUAAUCCUUCACCCAGACCAUCUAAUCUCUGCAACGGUGGUGGCGGACUCGUUUACCUGCCCCCGCCGUGCUGUUCUCCAAGACCGCGUUAAGGCUACUAGCGAAGCCAACAAACCUCAAGUGUAUGGUCAUAUCCUUCACGAAAUAUUCCAAGCAGCCGCGAGCGCAAAUCGCUGGGAUCAAAGCUGGCUGCGUGAAAUUAUUUCGCGCACAUUAGAGCACUAUGUGGAGAGUUUGUAUGAGAUCCAAGUCGAAGUUUCUGAAGCUACUGAGUAUUUAAUGAGCAAAAUACCUGCUCUAAGCUCGUGGGCGGACAUCUUCAUGCGAUCACGCCCUACGAUCGAGUCAAUUACGGAAGACAGGAGUGGCACUACUUCGUGUCUAAGCAUCAACAAGCUUCUUGAAGUUGAGGAGCAUAUCUGGUCUCCUAUGUACGGAUUGAAAGGCAAUGUCGAUGCGACUGUGCAAGUGGCCGUCCAGGAAGGGACAGAGAAAAAGACGCUAACUGUCCCAUUCGAGUUGAAAACGGGACGGAACAAUUCCAAUGAGGCUCACAGGGCGCAAACGGCAUUGUACACCUUGCUUGUUUCCGAUCGAUAUGAUAUCGAUGUGACCUUUGGAAUACUCUUCUAUCUCGAAGCAACCAAAACUUUCCGAGUUCGAGCUAUCCGAAGCGAAAUCCGCCAAAUGAUACAGCAGCGUAACCGUCUCGCUGAGUUCAUAUGUAAAAAAUCAGACUUACCUCCAAUGCUUAAAAAGGCACGGAUAUGCAACCAGUGCUACGCCAAAGAUGCAUGUUUCAUCUACCACAAAGUCAUGGAUGACGGAGAUGAUGAGAGCAGCGGAAUGGGAACUAGUUUCAUUGAGAUUGUCGGACAUCUUACACCCUCCCACCAAAACUUCUUCAAGAAAUGGGACGCUCUUUUGACUAUGGAAGAGCGAGAUAUCCUUAAAUUCCGACGGGAAUUGUGGACCAUGUUGAGUAACGAACGCGAGGGUGUUGGCCGCUGCUUCGGUAACGUUAUGGUCGAACCGGGGUCCGCUUAUGAAGAGACCGGUGUACCGAAAAUUAAUCGAUUUAGGUAUACAUUUUUCAAACACCAACCACCUUCAAACUUCUCCUUUGGGGACUCACAGCUUAGUGUUGGAGAACCCAUCGUUGUCUCUGACGAAAAGGGUCAUUUCGCACUCGCCAACGGCUAUGUCACCCAUAUUAGUCGUACGCGAAUCUCGGUCGCAGUUGACCGGCGGCUCCAUAAUGCCCGAACGAGAUGUUCGAACUUUGAUGCAGAUCGACAUCAAUCCUUUACAGGUGUUAUGGAAAUUGUUGAAACUGGCGGAUCUGAAUCUACCGUUUUUCCUGAAAAGGCCGAAGACACGACUCUUUACCGCCUAGACAAGGACGAAUUCAGCAAUGGCAUGGCGACUGUCCGAAACAAUCUUGUUUGUAUGAUGGAUAGAAACACCUUCCAAGCUAGGCGGCUCAGGGAUUUGAUUAUUGAUGGCCACAUUCCUUUAUUCAAGCCGACCUCUUCAUCAGCCAUACCAUGCCUCCCUGAGACAGAGCUAAAUAUCGACCAAGAGCAAGCUAUCAAGAAAGUGAUGAGUGCAAAUGAUUACGCUCUGAUCUUGGGGAUGCCAGGAACUGGAAAAACAACCACCAUAGCCCAUAUUAUACGGGCUCUUAUCUCUCAAGGGAAAAGCGUCCUUCUAACAUCUUACACUCAUACCGCUGUCGACAAUAUUUUGCUCAAAGUGAAGGACGACAAUAUUCGAACGCUAAGGCUGGGUGCCACAACCAAAAUCCAUCCAGAUGUCCAAAAGUUUGCUGAUUUGGCAGCAACUCCCAAAAAGACCAUAGAGGAGUUACGGGAUAUUUAUGAAAAUUCACGGAUCGUGGCAACCACAUGCUUGGGCAUUAACCACCCUAUUUUUAAUAGCCGCACCUUCGACUACUGUAUUGUUGAUGAGGCGUCCCAAAUAACUCUCCCGGUCUGUCUAGGUCCCAUUCGUAUGGCGAAAACGUUCAUCCUCGUUGGAGACCACUAUCAGCUACCUCCACUCGUUCAAGAUAAGGAAGCCCGGGAAAGUGGAUUGGAUGUAAGCUUAUUUAAGCUUCUCUGCGAUUUGCAACCGGCCUCAGUUGUCAACUUAGAGCACCAAUAUCGAAUGUGUGAAGAUAUAAUGCUCCUUUCAAACACCCUCAUCUACUCGGGACAUCUCAAGUGCGGAACCCCAGAAGUUGCUCAAAGUUACCUCAAAAUCCCGAAUCUCGGUAGGCUGAAACAACACCAUGUCGACUCAUUAUCGUUACCCCCCAACGUCAGAAAUUCCUGCCUGGGCUCCCGAUAUGGCCGCUGCUGGAUCCGCGAUCUGCUCGACCCUGUCGCUAGGACCCGACUUGUCAACACUGACCCCUUAGAGCCACAGGCGACUGAGUCAUCCAAGGGUUCCCGAAUCAUAAAUCCCAUCGAAGCUACGAUUUGCGCGCAACUCGUUGAAUCGUUCAUUUCUGUAGGUAUCCCAGCCGGGGAUAUCGGCGUCGUAACCCUCUACCGAAGCCAGUUAUCCCUCCUAAAACAAAACCUCCGCCACCACCCGGACCUAGAGAUGCACACAGCAGACCGCUUCCAGGGCCGUGAUAAAGAAAUCAUCAUCAUGAGUUGCGUCCGCAGCAACUCAGAGCGGAAUGUUGGUGAACUACUCCGGGAUUGGAGACGCGUGAACGUCGCGUUUACUCGGGCGAGAACCAAACUGCUUAUAGUUGGGAGCAAGAAUACGCUUCGUGAUGGCAAUGAACUACUAGGAAAUUUUGUCCAGCUUAUGGAUGCGAAAGCAUGGACAUAUGAUUUGCCGCGUACCGCUGUUGAGCAACAUGUUUUUGAAAAUGCGGAGAAUGGGCUAACACAGUUGAGCCCGCGGAAGGGCAUGGAAGUGAUGCGAUCGAAUUCACUGAGUCCUAAGAAGAGGAGCCCGACAAAGAAGAUCCCAAAAAAGAGAGUCACAUUUCAUGAUCAGAGUCCUUUGAAGGAUAAACAACGGAUCGCUUUGAGCCCAGUCAAGAAUAGACAGCCAUCCGCUGGCCAGAGGAGGCCGGAGAAAAUAGGAGGGAAACUCCUAGACGGUGCAAGGAUUGUAGCUACGAGACCGGUAUUGAUGGAUGUGCUGAAUGAUUUGAUGUAGUGUUUGCUUCCGGUUUAUUUACAUUUUUGGGUUGUGAUCAGUUUCUUUUUUGGUAUUAUCACCCUAAAUUUUGGGAUAAGUAUUAUCGGUACUUUGGAUGAUGAGUUCAGCUCGGAGUUAAUUCUUCGCUGUUAUUGCUUUCCAUGCCACUCUACCAAGGCACUUUUACAUAGAGGAACUUCCAUUUCCACUCUAUAAAUCAUUACAAUGUAUCAUUCAUGCCAAUCAAUUUUGACGGAUGUCUUUUUCUUCACCAUUUUGACUAUCAAGUCUGAUCUCAACUUUAGCUCAAUCAGCUAUGCGACGAGCCUCCCGCAUAUUCCCAGCAAAUAAACUGGUGCUGGGGCCGCUCUCUGGCCGUGGAAUUCUCUGAUGGUUGGUUUUUAGUAGGCACUUUGUUCAACGGCUGGAACAAUAUCGUGUAUCCGUCUUUGCUUUCGACCGCUUCCCUGCCUAGUGCGAAAGAUGUAAGAGCAAACCAGCCAUCAGGUUUCGAAGGACCAGGCGCGAAUUGCCGCCUAUUGAUCGCCAUUGAUUGUUAGUAAGUUUCUUAAGAAAGAUGUUUUCGUGAUAAAAUGAAAAUGUUCAGUAACCCGUUUCGGAGGCGAAGGCGGUCUGCCAGGACUUCAGACCUGCAACGUGAUCGACUACCAAAUGAACAGGUGGCAGAAUGAUGAAAUAAACCCACAAAGUGACUGCAAAUAGCUGCGUUAUCCACGCAGAAGGAAGCAAUCCUUUCCAGAAGAUCUUAACCAGCUCGACAGGCUGGCACUCAUCUUGGUUAGGAGGUGCGUAGCGGCUCAAAUAUGGGUCAAUGGUAUCGUUGACAUGCACGCGUGGAGAAUCGAGGACAACCAGGCCGAGCCAUUCCUGAACCUCGUCGCAAGUCUCGUGAAGGAAUUCCUUUCCAGUGUCUGUUUCGAGACCUGGUAAAUGUAGCGGUGGAACCAUGAUUGUCCCAAGAACAUUCACGUCCGGUGCACAUUGUAUAAUCUGGGGAUAGUGCUUUUUAAUCGGAGCGUCUGCAAGAGGAUUGUCAGGAUAAAGUUAACAAGGUAAAAAGGUAAAAAGUAAGGAAGGGGAGGGAAUAUUUUACCUUCUUCUGAGUAAGUUGGAGAUGGGGUUAAGUCGCAGAACAACCAAGUUACAGAUGUCGUUAAUACGUUCUUGAAAGCCCAUACGAUCCGCUCGAAGCCCUUUUUCCCGUGGAGCAUUGAUGGGAGUCGAAGAUUGAUUGCCACGGCUAGAUGUGUAAAAGCAUUAGCCGAUAGUUUCCGGUUGAAUAAAAGAAAUAAAUAAAUUACCGUAUCUUUCCUUUACGUGUUUUCUCCCACCACUCCGGAUUGGUUUUCCAUCAAGUCCGGCUCGCUCAAAUGAGUUCUUAUCCAACUCUAAUCGAAGAACUCCUGGAGAAAUAUGUUAGUAUGGCUAGUGCAUUGUGACUACAUAGCUAUAAGAGAGGGACAAUGACGUACCAUCUUUGAGGGUAUAAACAUUAUCCACGCCGCUCCUACCUUCUGAAAUCAAGAGGAUAUCACCUAUACACUGGCAUUAGAUAACAAAGCACUGGUCUGCAGGUUGAUAUUAAAUUCAAAUAAA